CAUUCAUUCUCUUUCUGUGUGAGCAGCAUCGUAGCGCCGUGGCAGUCAUUGGAGUCGUUUAACUGGGUUUUGGUUCUACAUAACGAUGUGCAGUUGGUCUGUUUCUGUUUGUUUAUCGUAAAACGGAUUUUACUCUCAGAUUUCUGUGUUGCAUUCGGAGCUCAAAGAGUCACAAUGGACAUAUAUUCGACUGUAGGCGCAUGGAAGAGGUACGUCUCGUUCUUUCUUCUGUUCUUACCGAUGUUGACGUCUGUGUUUGCCGUAACUCACUAUUCAGUUCCCGAGGAAAUGGAAGUAGGAUCGGUUGUUGCAAAUCUAGCGGCGGAUUUGGGACUGGAUGCAAAAACACUGAGUAGACGGAAGAUAAGGCUUGACAUAAUUGCGAAUAAGAAAUACAUGGAGGUGAACAAAGAAACAGGCGAGCUGUUCAUUUUAGAGAAAAUGGACCGAGAGUACUUAUGCACUUCUAAGACAACAUGCUUUUUAAAAAUGGAGGUCAUUUUAGACAAUCCAGUGCGAAUAUUUAACAUAGAAUUAGAAAUUACUGAUAUAAACGAUAAUUCGCCAUCUUUUCGCCGGGAUACAAUCCAUUUGGAUAUCUCCGAGUCCACUCCUGCGGGUGAGCGUUUCUCGCUUAGCAAUGCUGUAGACCCUGAUAUUGGAAUAAAUUCAAUAAAAAACUAUUACUUAAGUGAAAGUUCAGAUUUUGACAUUGAGAUACAGACAGGUCGCGAUGGAUCCAAAUUCGCCGAUUUAAUUUUGAAGAAAGCUUUAGAUCGUGAAGAACAGGCUCUUCAUAAUCUCGUGCUUAUUGCUGUAGACGGCGGUAUCCCUGCGCGCUCUGGUACAGCCAGCAUCAUUGUUCGUGUGCUUGACACUAACGACAACGCCCCUAGGUUUGACAAGGAAAGCUACACAAUAAGUCUCCCCGAAAACUCUCCAAUAGGUAGCCUGGUAGUUAAGCUAAAUGCAACAGACUUAGACGAGGGAGCUAAUGCAGAGAUUAUUUACUCGUACAGUCUCUAUACAUCUGAGAAAACACAAGAGGCGUUUGGUUUAAAUCAAAAUAAUGGUGAAAUCAGAGUUAAAGAAAUGAUAAAUUACGAAGAUUUCAGAAUUUAUGAUAUGGAGAUCAUUGCAAGGGAUAAGGGAGCUAAUUCUCUAUCCGGCCAAUGUAAAAUAACAGUUCUGAUCACAGACAUGAAUGACAACCAUCCUGACAUAUCCAUUAAAUCUUUCCAAAACCCUAUUAAAGAGAACGUGGCAGUAGAUACUGUAAUUGCGGUGGUCAGUGUUAGUGAUAAAGAUUCAGAGGACAAUGGUGUAGUUGAUAUUCAUAUCCCUAAUAAUUUACCCUUUGCAUUAAGGGAAUCUUCAGAUAAUUAUUAUGAGCUUAUUGUGUCAGAGCCACUGGAUCGCGAAAAAGUUCCAGAAUAUGAUAUCACUUUUACAGUGAUAGAUAGAGGCUCUCCACCGUUAUCAGAUAAUGAAACAAUCACAUUAGAAUUGCUCGAUGUUAAUGACAACGUGCCUCAGUUUCCGAAACCAUUCUACACCAUACCAGUUGCGGAAAACAACGCACCGGGUGCUUUGUUGGGCUCCCUUUCGGCUUUUGAUCCAGAUCUCCAUGAAAACCAAUAUCUAGUAUAUUUCAUAAUAGAGAAGGAAAUCGCUAAUACGUCUAUGUCGAUGCUGUUCUCUAUUAACCCCGAGAAUGGGAAUCUUUACGCGUUAAAGACAUUUGACUAUGAGAUAGAGAAAGAGUUUCUUUUUCACAUCGAGGCCAGAGAUUCCGGUGUUCCUCCACUGAGCAGUAACGUGACUGUUCACAUCAUUAUCAUGGACCAGAAUGACAACACUCCGACAAUAGUUUCCCCAUGGCGCGCACAUGGCUCAGUGGUCGAAGAAAAGAUUCCGAGGUCCACUGAUAAGGGGUCUCUAGUGGCCAAAGUGAUUGCCAUUGACACGGACUCCGUGCACAACUCACGGAUAUCUUACCAGUUUCUAUUGAAUACAGAUAAUACUUUAUUCAGCCUUGAUCAAUAUAACGGGGAAAUACGGACCAUGAGAAUGUUCAGUUACAGAGACGCGCGUCACCAGCGCUUAGUGGUGAUUGCCAAAGACAAUGGAGAGCCUGCGCUCUCUGCCACUGUGACCAUCAAACUCUCCACGGUGGAGACUGCUUUGAAAUCCUACUCUGACAUGACUGAAGUUCCUUUAGAAUAUGACAUAUUUUCAGACUUAAACCUUUAUCUGGUAAUUGGACUGGGUUCAGUGUCAUUCCUGUUACUGAUCACCAUACUGGUCACCAUCGUGCUGAAGUGCCAAAAGCCAAAGCCCAGCAAAGCAGCGCCUCCUUCUAGGAACAGUGUGAUCAGUUCAGAGAGGAACUCUACCUUCGCGGAUUCUACACUGGUCUCAAACGAUGCCUACUGGUACAGCAUGUUCCUUGCGGAGACGCGUAAAGGGAAGCUAGUCGUCAGACAGCCGGCGCCAAAGGGGUCGCGGUAUGUUGUGUCCAGUUUACCAAGAGGCACAGGUCUGACGGAUACAAGUGACUCAGCAGCCUCCACAUUACAGGUGAGAAAUUAGUAUUUCAUUUUCUCUCUUUUAUGAGUGACAUAA